CUCGCUCUCGUUCUGAAACCAUGGCUCCUACCUACAUGCCUUCUGCUGAUUACUCAAAGCUUUCCAACAAGGAAAAACAUAAACUAAGAAAACCAGUGGUGGAAAAAAUGCGUCGCGAUCGCAUCAACAACUGCAUUGAGCAGCUUAAGGUGAUGCUGGAGAAAGAAUUCCACCAGCAAGACCCCAACACCAAGCUGGAGAAAGCUGACAUUCUGGAGAUGACUGUCGUCUUCCUGAAGCAGCAGCUGCAAAGCCAGAUCUCAGCACCUCAGAAAGCUCACUGUGAUGAUUACUCUCAGUGCUGGAGGGAAACCGUGAACUUCCUGUCUGCCAACUCCAAACUAGACGUCAGAGGUCAGCAUCUCAAUGGCUGUCAAGAAUCCCAGAGAGCGCAGAAAGAUUUGCCCGUGUCUCCACGUUCCUCCCAGAUCCACCAAGCUCCAGUCAAGCAGGAGAUCGAGAUCAGUGUAAACCGAGCUGUAUGGAGGCCUUGGUAGAGAUCCUAAGUACUGAGACGCUCUCAUGUUAACCAGAUGGUAGUUUCACCAUCGCUAAGUAGGAGUGUAUUUUCCAUUCCAGUGAUUCAGAUCAUUUUCUCAUGUUGGGUUUUGAUCAGAAUUCUCAAUGUAUGUUUAUUCUGUGUCCUCCCUAUGGGCAGGACAAGGUUAUCAAUUAACCCAUGUUGUUUAUCUUCAUAUUGAAGAGUUACACAUGUUCAGAUUUGUCUUAACCCCAGUGAAGUUUUAUUUACUAAAUUAAUCUAAUUGACUGUGUUUGUUAGCUUUUUUUCAUAAAAGUU